AUGAUGAGUAACAAGAAAACGAGGUUGAAAUCAUUCUUUGAUGAUAUCUUGAUGGGUUGCCCGCCUACCGUCGGCGGCGACGGCGCGGAACCCACGUAUAAAAGUUGCGACGCCGGGGAAAAGCUUCAAAUCAAAAGAUGACAGGCGCCACGGCCAAGUUGGCUGCGUACAGCAGCAUCGCCAUAUGCACCUUCUGCAUUUCGGCUACUGUUUUUUAUAUUCCUUACUUCUUAAGCCGAAUCGAUAACAUUCGCAACACUUUGGCUGUUGACAUGGACGAGUUCAAUGUCAUGCAGGUUGGUUAGAAUUUUUUGAAUAAAAGACAUUUUUAAACUUUCGAAUUUACUUCUUCAAGGCUAGUAGCAAAUGAACCUGAUCAUUCUUUCUUUUUUCAACUGGGUAGCAAAAAAAAACUUGUUCGUUUGUCAUCUUCCUCAUUUAAUAGAACAAACUCAAGGUUUAUUUUCUAUCCUCUUCAGUUACUGUCAUUUGGAAGCUAAGUUUUAUUUGGUGUUCUUUUUACUUCUUCACCAUCUGAGUUGUUCCCUGAUUUUUCAAACGCUCCACGAAAACAUCUCGAAAUUUGAUUAUUGCAGCAAGAAGUAUGGGGAGAUAUUCUCAGUAUCCGUGGAGACACACCAAACAUCAAACGCCGUGUCGUUAAGCGUCAAACCCAAGAAGAGUGCUGUAAGUCUCUUUUUAAAAGUUCUCAGCAAUAAUUGAUAACUUCAGCUUGCGAGGAACAGAACUUGUGUCCGGCUGGUCCUAAAGGCCGUCCUGGAGCUGACGGUCAUGACGGAAACCCUGGAACUCCGGGUGAACCAGGAGAAGUUGGAGCGGUUGGAAUCCUUCCUCAAGAGGAAGUGCCUCCGGCGAGCGGAUGCAGAACUUGCCCACCUGGACCACCUGGGCCUGCUGGUUUGUUUCCAUGUAUUACAAAAAAAAAAAAAAAAAAAAAAAAAUGCAAACCUGCCAUUCUAGGUUAUCCUGGCCAACCUGGACCACAAGGGCUGCCAGGACCUCAAGGAGAAGCUGGAAAUGAGGGCCGCCCAGGAACCACCGGACCGCUUGGACCACCCGGAGACAUGGGAAUGAUGGGAGAACCAGGAAAGGAAGGAGAAGCUGGACAACCUGGACGCGAAGGAGUGCGAGGAGAGAAAGGACCAGCUGGUCCACCAGGACUGCCAGGCCUUGUCGGACCUCGUGGCUUCUCUGGAAACGCAGGGCCACCAGGAAAUGCUGGACCUCUGGGAGCCGAAGGAGAAGUCGGACCUCCUGGCAAGAAUGGUCAGUGCCUUGCUUUUUCGUAAACUUUUCUUUCAACUUCUGCUCUUUUUCGCCGUGCUUCUGGUAUUCAAAUUUCUGUUUCACAGGCGCUGAUGGCUACGAAGGAGGCGUCGGAAACUACGGAGAGCCCGGACAGCCAGGAGAAGACGCCGGUUAUUGCAAAUGCCCAACACGCAAUAAGCGAAAGCAAUAAACUACAGCCCACCUUCCAUUUUUUUCUUUCCGGAAACAAUAAAUCACUGCCAAUUCAAUGAAACGCCUUGUAUGUUCGCAGCUGGGAGAUAAUCUCCAUGCCUUCUCGAAGCUUAUUUUUUCUGCGCGUUUUGUUACUUUUCAUCUUACAUGGUAAUCCUUAAACUCAAAUUUUUCAAGUUUCGGUUUGAUGUACCAAACAAAAAAGCUGAGGAUUUCCGAGAGGGCAGGUCUCAAUGCAGUAAAACGGCCUGAUUCUUCAAUUUAGAUUUUUUUUUUGUUUUUUCUCCCCGAUUUUAGGCGUAUUCACCCAAAGAUAAGGAGUUUACCGUCUUGAAAAUCCCCAAUCUUCAUCUGGUACAUCAAGGAGUAUUUCAAACAAUCUCCGUGAAAAUGUCAAAGUGCAAACCUUACUGUUCAAUCGAUUUAAGCUCCCAGUUGAAGUGAACAGCAGAAGCACAAAGGAAAAAAAUAGCGUAUGACUCACCGUGAUAUUUUCAAAAAAAUUUAUUUAAUAAUUAAAUAAAAGGUGCAGUCAAUGAGAAGUAUUAUUUAAUAAUUAAAUAAAACUUCUCAUUGACUGCACCAAAAGCUAAAUCUAACCGUUCCUAGUAAUUUGAACUCUCCUUGUGCUAACUUUUCUGGCCUCAGCAAAAAAAGAAGAACUUUUUUACUAUAGUUGUUUGACUAGACUCCCUUUGAGUUUUUUUUCCUCUCGAUCCGCACUGAGCUCUGCAAAAUAAGUCCCCUUAUUGCCUUGCAGCGUUUGCCAAAGGAAUUUGAAACCAACGACCAAAAAGUGCAACGAAACUUUGCUUUGAACAAUCAUCCUUGGAAAGUCGAGUUGAUAAUUGGAAGUUCCGUGAAAAAUAUCAAAGCUUAAUUCAUUGUAAGCAAAAACAAAUUUUUUUAUUACAUGGGUGCAUUAUCAGGAAAGCAUUUAUCGAUUUUAUUAGGUUAAACUUUUUUUGCAAAUUUUCCACGGGUGACCGUGGUUUACCUCAAGGUUUCAUAGGGAACAUUUAGACACAGUUCUACAAAAACAAGGACGACUCAAGGUUGAGACAACAACUUCUACUCUAAGAGUUCAACUCUUCUCACCAACAACGUUAAGAUAUCCUUUUUGUCGUGUUCGAGGACAUGAUCUCGAACGAUUGAAGGCGUCAGGCUUUACGGUCUCACCAGAAGAGGCUUUUUGUCUUUGAAAUGUUUCUCAUAGAACAUAUAACCUACUUGUUUCAUUUAGAAAAGCAGACCGCAGUCCAAAGAUUUCUCUAACUCAAAUCUCACAAUGAAUUGUAUUCCCACUUGGAUGUUAAUUCUACGAAUCUCGUCCGCUUCUUGGAAGUGUAGUACAAUGUUACGAUUUCCUACAUUUUGCCGUUUCUUUUCUUUUUUUAUUUGUUUCCCAAGAAUCGCAUUCUUCGUGUGAAUAACACGUCGACUUAUUUUUCUAUAAAACGUUUCGAUAUUUCAUUGUUUAAUCGGCAUCCCACCAGCGCCGAAAAAUGUACAAUUUUUCGUUCGUGGCCUAUACGAAUAUUCCAACGCAGACCGUCAUUUUUUGUUAAUAUGAAGGUUUUUUUUUCAUAGAGAAAAUCGCCGUAAACCACACUUUCAUGAUUAUUGAGAAAGUAGAAACUUGGACUAGGAUCUUAUCUGUGACCCAUGAGAAGUGCAAAGAAGUUUUUUUUUUUCUGGGUAUAUUGACUCAAGACCUUUCUAUUUUCGUUUACCUUGCGGUUGCUUCCCUCAUAAAAUAGACGUUGCGAAGGAAGAAGCCUUUGAAAAGCUUCCAAAAGCACGCGGCCGAGGCGGGCAGAGGAACCAAUGAGCGGGAAAAACGCCGAAAAAACAGAGUUGACCGUCCUCCCGUUUCCAAGAGGUUUUUUCUUUUUUUCUCAUCAGUCGAUUUAAUAUUUGGUUAUCAUAGAAGUUAUAUUCUCAACUUUUCAAAGCUCUAAAGUCUAAAACUUUUAUUGAACAAUUUUUAUGUAACAUUAUCUCUACACAUUUAUGCAUUGCCAAAUUUAGUUAACAAAUAUUUCAGAAAAAAUUCAUUGAAUCGCAGUCUUUGAAAAAUUGCGAUUGAAAAUGAUAAGAAAAAGGCCCGUUAUCAGCUUAGUGUUGUUGCAAAAUGGGGAAAUUAGCAGUUAGAUUAGGUGGUUUUUGAAAGUUCAUAAAGCUAUUCAACCUUUUUUUCUCAACUUCUUCUCUGCGCCUAUUUAUGAAAACUCUGAAAUACCAGAGAAAAUUUGGUUCUCGAUAGGUAUAACUGCUCAAACAUAGCAGAACAAUAUAUUUUUCUCUACGAAAAUUCGAUUAGAAAAUAAUUGAAGUUUGCAAACAGAACUUUUAGUCAACUUGAAUAAGUUAGAUUAUUUCAUACUCUGUAGUUUUUCAAAACUGAUUUUUAUUUGAAAUUUUCCUCAUUUCACGACUUUGUUUUUAAGCUCCACAAAACGAUGAAGAAAAGAUUUUUUUUCCAAACUUAUGAAAAAAGUUGAGGCUUUCAAUUUCAUCCGUGCAAAAUGAACUAUGAUAAAAGAUGAAUUGAAAACGGGAAACUUGGGUAGUAAUAGCAGCCCAAAAACACAAUCAGUUGUCGGCACGUGUAUGUCACUCCGAAGUGUGUAGCUGUCUAAGUUGAGCCGAGGAAAUAGCCAACGGCGAGGAUCUGGUCGGAUCGAUGCCCCCGAGUGUACUUUGCCGUCGGCUUCCUAUCAUAUCGAUGGCGCUGCCCACUGACCGCCGCGCCCCAGACGCUUUUUAUCACCUUUCUCUCUAUCCGAACUAUAAUUGUCGUCGCAUUUCGUCGCUAUACGCUCUAUUUUUUUAUCAGCUUAGCUUGACUCCCACGUUGGGCGCUUUUUUUUUCUUCUAUGCUAGUUGUAUUUACCCGCUUGACCGCCGCUCUAAUUUUUUAUUGCUGCAGUAAAAAAGCACUUUCGUGUUUCAGAAACGUGUAGGUUUAUGUCAAUAAGGAAUAAUGAUGAUUUAUCGCUUUGACUUUUUGAUUGACGUUUUCUGAAGUCAUCAUUUGACUUUUUUUUUAAUAUUUCAUUCUAAGGAUUAGAUAAAUAUAUACGUAAUUUUUUGUUUCCUUGGAAACAAAACAGACAUUUUUAUAUUUUUGAACUUCUAGUAGACUAUUUGUUCUAUGAAAGCCUCUUCCGAAUUCAUACUUUCGCGUUUUUCGCUCAUGUAGUCGCAUAACUUCAAAAUCUGACAUGAAACAAGGUCCCAAAUUUGUUGAUUAUCUUUCCCAAACGUUUGCAGAAACAUUCCCAUAAGAGCAACCGAGUAGACAUAAUAGUCUAGGGAAAACACGUGCGUUCAAAGAAAACAUUAGUUGUUGACAAAAACGAAAAUGGUCAUAAAAUCAUAGCGUUGUGAUUUUUGAAAAAUUGAUACAAAAUUCUGAUUUGAUUCGAUCUUUUCUUCUGCAACUUGACAGGUCAGUCUUUUAUCAUGAUUUGAAUGAGUAGAAAAUAAAGAGGCUUUUUUUCAAUCAAAAAUCCUUGAGAAAUCAAGGAUAUCAGGUUUAAUCAAAAAUACGUUUAUGUAAUAAUUGUUUUCUGUUUCUAAUUGAUGAAAUAUAUAUCGAGCUUUAAAAAUCUAUUUUAUAAACUGUUUGCGCAGUUGAAACCUUUACGUUUCCCACUGGUUCUCAUAAAUUUUCAAAGCUGGAAUUUUUUCUGCGUUCGAGUUCUGUGAAUUUUCUUUGCAAUUGUCAUUCGAGAUUAUUUGUUCAUAGAAAAUUUAAACCCUAAAUAAUUUAGGCGUCAAAAUUCAAGGCCGCAAGAAGCUGACAAUGAUAUGGCAAUGUGUAGAACACGUUAUUUGAUCUUUCAGUCUUUGGAAACCGUUUAUGAUUAAUUUACACUGGCCAAAUGGGAAAAAAAAAACCAAAAAAUUUGAGAGUUUAUCUCCUCAUUAGGCGGAGCUCAUCCAGAGCGUCAGUGUGUAGUCCGCGAAAAAGGAAGAAGAAGCAAGCGCGUGCACGUGCAGUAGGGCGCAAAUGUACACAUGCUUGCGUCUCUGAAAUAAACGAUGUCCGCACUCAGCCGGCGGUUGCCCGUCCGUGGUUUGAUUUUUUAUUCUCGGUUAUCUUUGGUUUCGUCGCCGCAAUUCUCCCCUGCUGUUUUCCCGCCUUUCUGACGGUCACAUCAUCUUUGAUAGUUGCAGCCUCGGCUCUCUUGGCGGAUAGUUGAAGCCGUGCCAAUCAUGUCACUCGACGUCAUUGAAGACAAACGCAAAGUCUCCAUAGCCGUUCAGUCGUCCGAUGGUCAAACCAAGAAGGUCCGUUGUUCUUUGUUUUUUUUUUCGCAGUCCGACGCCAACUCUUGUUUGCGUCCCUUUUCAAAUUUCCCACGCGGCCCAAUUGUUUACGGACGUGGAUCCUCACGCUUUUUUGGCUUUUUUCUCUCAGCAGCUGGGAAAGGACACUUUUGCCGAAAUGGAGUAGCGGUUUCAUUUCGAAAAAACAUUGUCGAAAAAACGAAAAAAUUUGGAUAUGAAUGUCAGAAAAAACUGAUUUUUAUGAUUUACGCAGACAUCGAGAAUUUGAUCAAGGUAAUUUCUUUCUUCAAAAAUUGUUAGUUUUUCAUAUUAUCAGCAAUAAAUUCUGGAAGAUAUUAAUUUCAAAACGUCUCAAUCUCAAAAAAAUCUGUUAGAGAAUAAAAAACCAGCAGAAAUUCGAAUUAUUUUGUUUGCGAAAUUUCUUUUUCGUGCAAAAGUCGCCACGACAAAGAAAAAAACAAUUUUGAGAAACAAUACACGUGUCAAAAGCUCAAAUUUCAAAAUUUCGUCAGGAAAAUAUUUGUUACAAAAAAUCAAAAUGGCCCGACUUUUGUUUAUCACAGCUGUUAUCGUUUUUUUUUGUUUUUCUGUUUGCAAAAAAAAAAAUUUGCAGGGGGAUGCACUCACCUUGCUUCCAAAAAGAACAAGAAGUGCCGUUUCAAUGCGAGCCGACGAAACGGACAAGUGGGGUCAGGAAUCUUUGGACGAGAAGGACGACUUCACCUUGAUGCUCAGAGACCCGACGGUUAAGGUAAUUAUUCUUAGAGAGCUAUUGGAAUCAGAUUUUUUUUCACUGCAGAAUGAACUAUUGGACCGCUUGAAUACCUUCCGUCGCAAUCGUGAACUUUGUGAUGUCGUACUUUUCGUGAAGUUAGUUCUGAAAUAAACAAAAAUGAACAAUGAAAUUCCAGGGAACGGGAAAUCUUUGCGCAUAAAGUUGUCCUGGCUGCUGUGUCUCCAGCUCUUUUUGAUAUGUUCAUUGAAACUGCCAACGAUGAAGGUCUGGAAGAAAAAAUUCUUAAACUGAACCUUUAUAAUGCAAUUUUCAGAAAAAGCUUUAGGAACUCCGACUGAAAAAGCAGCUUCCCCAACUCUGCCAUCAAACUCGCUGCAAAAUGGAAAACCGAACAUGUCUUACUUUGAAUUUGCUCACACCGACUUUGAAUGUUUCGAGGCUCUGGUCAAUUUUUCCUAUACCGCUUAGUGAGUUCACAACUUUAUUUCACUUUUCGCCUAGAGAAAUAGUAAAAUUGGAUACGCGCGAUCGCUUUCAUACCGUUAUUGUGUACUCUAAUUCCAAGAACACUUUUAGAAAAACGGGACAAAAAAUUCAGAAAGUUUUAAAAACUUUAUAAGCAGGGAGAAUCAGUUCUUCAACUUUACGAGUCAUAUCAUAGACAUUUUUGUAUUGAAAUUUCUAAAGUCGUUUUCAGUUUGGAAAUCAGCUCCAAAAAAGUUGCCGAACUUUACAAAACGGCCUAUGGACUACAAAUGAACCCCGUGAUUCGCGCAUGCGCAACGUUUCUUGCCGAUAACCUGACUGUGACGAACUGCAUCGGUGUGUUCCGUCGCCUCGCACAUCAAGGUCACGUCUUCUGAUUCAGGAAUUCGACGACAAGCCAACUUUCAAAACGAUGCCUUCCUCAAGACGCAGGUCGACAAAUUCAUCGAAGAGAACUUCGAGAAGAUAGCCAACGACAGCAAGGAAUUCACGCAGCUGCCCGUUAUCCAAGUAGGUCAUCAAUAAAGAAAAUAACCAAUUAUUUUUUGAAGACUAGAAUCAUCGUGACUAUCGAAGGAGGCAAGGCAGCUCAGAACAAUGUGGGACUUGCUUCCAUGGCCCUUCAAUACUUUCAAAACAUCCCUCACGACAGAAUCGAACAUUCGUUAGACAUCCUCACUUGCAAGGUUAUUUUUUCAUCUCUUCCAAUUAUAAAUCUCAGCAGGAAUAGAAGAAGAUUCUCAAAAAAGUGUAAGGUAGACUAUCUCAGUCGUUUGAUACUGAGUAUAGUCCCAACCCGGUUUAUCAAACGUUCUCCGCUUAUCAGACUUUUUUGGAAAAUGAGAAAACCGGUUCGCGGUCAUUCAUUUAUCACGGUCGCGACCUUUAUCAAUAGGAUGACUUGAAGUUAAAAAAGUUCAUUGGACGAGCGUUUUGAAUAUUUUUCCUUUGUGAUUAGUAUCAUGCUGCAAAAAAGAAAACUAGAAAAAAAUUCAAGGUUGAGAUGACAGUUUUUUUUUUUGCUUGUUCAACUUUUAAAGUGUGCUUCAGACGCAUAUUUUGUACCUGGAGGAAGAUCAUCUUGCGGACUGCUCAGAACUCGACGAGCGAUCUUCUGUAGGAAGCUGCGACAUCAUUCAGGACUACAAAAAGAGCGGCAAAGACGGGAAAGAUGUAGCCAAGGCUAUGACGUGAGUGCAUACAAAAUGCUAAUUUUUCCAUAGUUUGAAUUUGUUUUACUUCCUCAUAAUCUUCGUCUUCUACAGAGUUACGGACCCUGUGACAACGCAGACAGUUUCUCAUCGCAUCACCGGCGCUGUACCUGUCCGACUGAACGCUUCUCGAAUGGCCAACUUGCGACUUUCAAAUGAGAGCCUCGAAUCGGCUGGAACGGAGGAGAGCGAGCCAAGCGAAACCAUUGAAACGCGGCUGAUCGCAACACAUCAAACUGCUCGUAAGUUCCCAUUAUUCCCUUUUACUUUUGAAAUUGCUGAUAUUGCUUCUUGUGAGGCAAAUGAGCCAUAAAUGAAAAUUAUAGCAGGGAAACUGUAGCUUCCACUAGUUUCAAACUUAAUAAGGUUUUUGGUUAAAUUUCUAUCAAAUUAAUACUUGAUUAUGUGUAUCUAUGAUAGAUCCUGGAAAUCAUUCACCAAAGUACUGAAAAGAAUUUCACCAAAAAAAUUGAGAAUAUUUCCAAAAAAAUUGAGAAUAAUAUUCGCGAAAAAAACUUCGCGAGACACGGAAAAAUGAGAAUUUUUUUGAUUUCAGCUUCUUAUUGGGUAGCCCUGGUAGUCCUUUAUCACCGCCUGGCUGCGCUUAGUCUCCAGCUGACGGACGACGAAGAACUUGUAAAACAGCGACGUGACGCUCCUGCCGUUCCUGUAGACACCCACAAAGCCGCCUUACUAUCCCGACUCAUUUCCUGCACCGGACAGCAACAGGUUCCUCUAGCCAACAUGACCGCCCCAAGGUGUUCGGUCGGAGCUUCUUUCCUCAACGGCAAAAUUAUCGUUUGUGGUAUGAUUGACUCUGUUUGAAUCAAAGGAGAUCGAGGAGUUCCAGGUGGAUACGACAGAGGGGAAUGUUUGAAGAGCGUCGAAGAGUACGAUGUACUGAAUGGGACGUGGCGACAGCUUCAGGGCAUGAAAACUGAACGAGGUCGCUUUGACAGUGCUGUUCACAAUGGAAAGGUUUGUCAAGGAUCAGAAAAUGGACAUUUGUUUUCCGACAUUCUCAAAAACAGAACACGGGAACACAAUGAGGUUGUUUUCGGUUUGGAAUUUACGAAUUUAUUUGUUUAUAUAAUAAAAACCUUUUUUUCCGCUACGAUUUCCACUUUCUGAGGAGUUUUUUUGCUCACCUUUGAAGUUUUUUUCUAGAAAAACUAACUACAAAUUGAGAAAUUUUACGAAAAACAUUUAGAAUGAAUACAAGGAAAUUGAGCGAACAUCUAUUUUAACAGAUUUAUGCCAUUGCCGGGAGCAACGGGAACAAUGACCUCAAAACCGCGGAAAUGUUUGACCCAAAGGCAAAUCUGUGGUCUCUCAUUCCGCCUCUGCUCAAGCCUCGUUGUCAUAACGGUACCAAGAAAUAGAGAGAAGAAAUCGAGAAGAAAACGAAUUUCAGGGUGCGCAGUUCUCGAAAACUUUAUUUAUUGUAUUGGAGGCUCUUCCGACCAGGUGGUCCUCAAAGACUGCGAAAGGCUUGACGUAAAUGAUCUGGUAAAUAUCAGCUCCUCUCGAUCAAACUACCAAUUGGAUUGCAGACAUGGGCACCAAUAGCUCCUUUGGAACAGGCCAGGUAUCAAGCAGGAGUGAUUGCCUGGCGAGGAAUGGUCGUUGCUUGUGGAGGAUGCGACAGGUUACUUAUUUUUUUGUUCAGUUAGCAGAAAAAUUAAUAUUGUAGUUGCCUGUGACAAAGCUAAAAAAAAAUCACUGAGAAGGCGAACCAAAAAUAACGAUUUUCAAGUUUUUUCAAAGUUUCAAGUCAUCUAUUGUCUUUUUCGUAUGGGAAUAAAUUUCCAUAUAUCAUUUGGAUCAUCAAGAAAAAAAAGAUGAUAUUGAUCUCGAAGACUUCAAAUGACGGAAAUUCAGAUGGGCGUGCGUUGAUACCGUGGAAGCGUACGACCCGAAGACGAACGCCUGGCGUCAGCUCGCGAAACUAAGACAAGCCAGACGCGGAUGCGCGGUCGCUGUUGUUCGAGGUCAGUUGUGUCUAUUCCAUCAUUCAUUUAGUCGCCUGAAACUGUUUCAGAUAUGCUAUACGUUAUUGGAGGUCACGAUGGAACGCAAUCACUGUCGACUGUUGAAGUUUUGGACAGUCCUGUAGGCUCUUGGAGAUCUGGACCCCCUUUGACUUGCCCCAGGUAAUCCAUUUUAUCAGUAGAAAAUUAUCAAAAAACAAAAGGUUUCUGGUCGAUAAAACUCGUAAAUAACACCUUAAAAUGCGUUUACGCGGGUUUAAUUGUGACCCACUACCAUAAAAAUAUUUCAAAAAAACGUAAUAAAAAAAUAUCUUUCAGCAUUUAUUAAAAAAAGAAAUGACACGCUUUCAACAAGAAUAACACGCAAAAAAGAUCAAAAAAACGCAAAUUUGACUCCCACAAAAGUGUACGAAAUGAACAAUUCAUUAUAAAUCAAAUGUUUUUUCAUCAAGAACAAACUAUUAUGUAACUAGAAUAAUAAUACAACAAAGAAAACAACAAAAAAUAAUCAAAAAAGAAGAGCGGAACACGCAGCGAAUUUAAUUUUAGAGAUUACGGUAGGCAACUGCAAGACGGCUGUAGCUUUGGCUGUUUGCGGGACUACAAAGUCCGCAAUCGAAACAUUUGAAAUUUUCUCCCAUUCUCUCGUUAUUUUUAAUUGUUUUUUGUCGUUUUUUGUGUUUUUUCUUUAUUUUCUUUGUUUCAGGGCCAAUACUCAUGCUGUCGUCACCGCGGGGAACGUCAUUUAUGCAGUUGGCGGCUUCAACGGCAACCAGUUCCUCAACACGAUCGAGUUGAUGGAAAGCGGUAUGUUUUAUGUUUUCUUUUUUUGUAUUUGAUAACUACAUUAUGUUAUAUUAUUUAAAUAUCUUCCUCUGAGUUUACUUUACACUUUUAAUAGUCUAGAGAACAGUAAAAAAACUCGAAAAAAAUUUGCUCCCUUUUUUUCGAAUGAAUUUUUUUCAAUCUUUUUCAAUUUUUUUGCGUGACAGGAAUGGCUAUUUCAUUCGUUUUUUUAAUAAUUACUUAUUUUAUUAAAAAAAUUAAAGUCAUUCAAGAUGUUAAUUAGAUAAAUAUAAUCAAUUUAUGAGUUUUUUUGAUAAUUUCAAGAAGUUUUUUUGGCAUUCGAUGUUGUUUUGCAUUCAUACUGAGAGUCCUGUUUGUGAUGCAAAUUUUAUUUUUUUCACAAAGCAUUCGAAAAAGCUCCAAUUGAAAUUCAAGAUAUAUUUUUACAGAGCAAGUUGGUUGGAGAAACUGGAGACAACAGAACUGCGCCCUCGAAGAAGAAGAAGAAAUCUUGGACGAUCUCGCCCCUGCAAAUUGA